AUGAACUUCAAUAAAUCUGAUAUUUCAAUUUUAAAAAGGCCUUUACAUAAUAGCACUGCUAAUUACAAAUCUUAUAUUAAAAAAUCUAACAAGGGGAAUAUUAUCAAAUUUACUCAGGAGAGAUACUUGCGUGAUGAUAUCCCUUCAGGUAGCUUGGACGAUGAUUUGAAUCCUGGUCAAAACCCAAUCCUAUCUAAAUCCGGUAUCACUACUAGUUCCCUCUUCAAUAAGCCUCAUUACCUUUUGCCUGAUACAAACGUAUUGUUAUCUCAGCUAGACUUGUUGGAUUUAGGUGGCUUUAAAGACGUUAUCAUUUUACAGACUGUUUUAAAUGAAGUUAAACAUCGGUCUCUUCCUCUAUAUUCAAGAUUGUUAUCCAUCAUCAAUGAUCAUGAUAAUAGAUUCUACGUCUUCUACAACGAGUUCUUCUCAGAAACUUCAAAUUUGAACUCUUCUUUCUCUUCCCCUAACGAUAUAAAUGACCAAUCUAUCAGAAUCGCUGCUGCUUGGUACAAUAAUUAUCUACAACACAAAGACGUCAUUUUACUAUCAAAUGAUAAUGAAAACUUAAACCUAGCUAAAAAGGAUAAUAUCAUUGCUUCCGAUAUUCUCUCUUAUGUCAAAGCUUUACCAAAUUCUGAUCAAUUAAUCGAUUUAUUUUCUACAACUCAAUCUUCAAUUUCUACCUCCUCUUCUUCAAACUCCGUUUUAUAUCCUGAUUACUUUCCUCAUUCUUCUUUACAAGCUGGUAUCAAAUCUGGACAUCUUUUUCAAGGUCAAUUUCAAGCUAAUCCAUUCAACUAUUUAGAAGGUUCUGUCAAAAUUCCUAAAUUUACUAAACCCGUUCUACUCAUUGGUAGACAAUCCAUCAAUAGAGCUGUUCAAGAUGAUGUAGUCGUCGUUCAACUUCUUCCAAAAUCCCAAUGGAAAGCUUCUGCUGAUCAAAUUAUUGAUCCCGAUAAUGCUUUGAAAUUUGAUGACGUUGAUCAAGAUUUAGAUCCUACUACUGUUGAAUUUGAAUCUAAACUACAAUCUGAUCAGAUCAAUUCAUCAAUUGAUCAAGCAAAUUCCUUUCAUUCAGAUAUUCAGCCAACUGGUCGUGUAGUGGGAAUAGUAAAACGUCAGUGGAGAUCUUAUGUCUGUCAUUUAGACAAAUCUACCGUGAAUAACUCUUCAGUUCAAUCUCAACAAUCCGUUUUCGUUAGUCCUAUAGAUCGUCGUAUUCCAAAAAUUAAAAUAAGAACUAGACAAGCUGCAAACUUAGUCGACCAAAAGAUUUUGGUUGCAAUCGAUCAAUGGUCAAUAUUAUCACGUUAUCCUCAAGGUCAUUUCAUUAGAGCAUUAGGUAAAGUUCAAUCGAAAGAAGCUGAAAUUGAAAGUUUAUUACUAGAAUAUGAAGUUCCUUACAGAUCUUUUUCCAAAUCUAUUCUCAACUGUUUACCAAAGGAAGGUGAAUCUUGGGUCGUUCCUCCAAAAGAUUCAAAUGACCCAGUGUGGAAAAAUCGAGUUGAUUUAAGAGACGAAAUUGUUUGUUCAAUUGAUCCACCAGGUUGUACUGACAUUGACGACGCUUUACAUGCUAAAUACUUACCAAAUGGUAAUAUUGAAGCGGGUGUCCAUAUUGCUGAUGUUUCACACUUCGUCAAACCUGAUAAUACAAUGGAUCUAGAAGCCGCAUCAAGAGGUACAACCGUUUACUUGGUUGAUAAGAGAAUUGACAUGCUUCCUUCAUUACUCGGUACAAAUUUAUGCUCUUUACGUCCAAACGUCGAAAGAUUGGCAUUUAGUGUGACAUGGGAGUUAAACCAAAAUGCUGAAAUUGUUAAUGUCAAAUUUAACAAAUCAGUAAUUGCUUCAAAAGCAGCAUUCACUUAUGAAGAAGCUCAAUUAAGAAAAGAUGAUAAAUCUUUGAAUGAUUCCCUCACAGUUUCAAUUAGAUUAUUGAACGAUAUCGCCAUCAAGUUGAAAAAGCAAAGAAUUGAUAGAGGUGCUCUUGAUUUGGCUUCACCUGAAGUUAAAAUUCAUCUAGAUAGUUCUGAAUCUUCUGAACCAAUAGACGUAGAACAAAAACAAGUCAAAGAAACCAACAAACUUGUCGAAGAAUUCAUGCUGUUGGCUAAUUGCAGUGUAGCUGCAAAGAUUAAUGAAACGUUUCCUGGUACUGCUGUUCUAAGACGACACCUUCCCCCACCGAAGCAAAACUUUGAAGCUUUGCAGGACAUACUAUCAAAAAGAAAAGGUAUUAAUUUAGAUGUUUCAUCCUCAGGUGCAUUAGCUAGAUCAUUAGAUAAUUGCAUUGAUAAAGAUGAAAAGUCAUUUAACACUCUAGUCAGAAUUAUGGCAACACGCUGUAUGUUAUCUGCCGAGUAUUUCUGUAGUGGUAGUCAUAGUAAAGAAACAUUUUCACACUAUGGUUUAGCUGCUCCGAUUUAUACUCAUUUCACGAGUCCUAUUAGAAGAUACGCCGACGUUUUGGCUCAUCGUCAAUUGGCGUCUGCGAUCAAUCAUACACCUUUACAUGGUUCUCUGCACAAUAAGUCUUUCGUUGAAGGUAUUAUGGAAAACAUUAAUAAAAGACAUCGUCUUGGUCAACAAGCUGGCAGAGCAUCAAUCGAAUUCUACGUUGCACUUGCAAUUAAAGCUCGUAAUGAUCGUAAAGGCGAAUGUGUCAGAGAAAAAGCACAUGUAAUCAGAACUUUUAGGAAUGGUUUAGCGGUUUAUGUACCCAAUUUGGGCCUGGAAGGUAUUAUUACAUUCAAAAAGGCUAUUAAUUUUAUAGCCGAAGAAUACAAGAUCGUAGUUGAGGAUUCUCAAUCCAAAUCACACACCAUCAGUCUUUUCGAUUUGGUAGACGUAGAGAUUUUUGUUGAAAACGAUAGGAACACCCAAAGAGGUAAAGUCAGGAUGGUGCUGAGGUCUCCCCUGGACUCUGAAAGUUUAUAA